AUGGCUAGUGGCGAUGAUUUGCCGCAGCAUCAAAACAACGUCCGAGAUGACGGCCGUGUUGAUGUCAACCUCGACUCUCGCCUCGCUACGACCCUCGCGCGCUUCGUCCCGGAGUUCAAGCACCCGAGCGGACCGUCCUCCAUCAUUACGGCUGACCAGGAUCCUCCACCCGAAUACUUCGCCGACAGCAAAACAUUCCUUCCAAAGCUCAACGUUCUGAUCCAGGUCGUCGGCAGCCGCGGGGACGUGCAGCCCUUCAUCGCACUAGGAAACGAACUGCAGACCUACGGUCAUCGGGUACGGCUGGCGACGCACAAUGUCUUUGAGGAUUUCGUGCGCAAGGCCAAGCUGGAGUUCUACCCCAUUGGCGGCGACCCGUCGGAGCUGAUGGCAUACAUGGUCAAGAACCCAGGGCUGAUCCCCAGUAUGAAGAGUCUCCGAGAGGGAGACAUCCAGAAGAAGCGCACCAUGGUUGCGGAGAUGCUGGAUGGGUGCUGGAAGUCGUGUAUCGAGCCGGAUACGCUUACCGGGAAGCCGUUCGUUGCGGACGCCAUCAUUGCGAAUCCCCCAAGCUUUGCGCACGUGCAUUGUGCGCAGGCAUUGGGUGUGCCGCUGCACUUGAUGUUUACAAUGCCGUGGAGCGCAACCCGGGCGUUCCCGCAUCCGUUGGCGAAUCUCAAAUUUGGGGAAAAGGGGGUUGUGGACCAGGGGACGGCCAACUUCGUGUCAUAUAGCAUCGUCGAGUGGAUGACAUGGCAAGGGUUGGGGGAUGUAAUCAACAAAUGGCGUAAGAAGCUCGAUCUGGAGGAAAUCCCGAUAUCCGAAGGUCCGGUACUCGCAGAGAGCCAGAGGAUCCCGUUCACAUAUUGCUGGUCGCCAGCAUUGGUACCAAAGCCAGCCGACUGGCCUUCUUACAUGGAUGUGUGCGGAUUCUUCUUCCGAGAAGCACCAGAUUACACACCGACUACCGAGCUGAGCAACUUUCUGAAAAGCGGUCCAAUGCCAAUCUAUAUCGGUUUCGGCAGCAUCGUAAUCGACAACCCGGAGCAGAUGACGGCUACGCUCCUAGAGGCGGUUCGCGCGACGGGAGUCCGAGCCAUCAUCUCCAAAGGGUGGAGCAAUCUCGGCGGUGUCGAGUGUGAGAACGUGCUGUUCCUCGGCGACUGCCCACACGAGUGGCUGUUCGCCCACGUCGCGGGAGUCAUUCACCAUGGUGGGGCGGGAACAACUGCCUGCGGACUUUUGAACGGGCGGCCGACGACCAUCGUUCCCUUCUUCGGAGAUCAACAAUUCUGGGGAGACAUGGUCGCUGCCGCCGGAGCAGGGCCUCGACCCAUCCCGCAGAAGCAGCUCAGCGCCGCAAACCUCGCCGACGCCAUUCGUUUCUGCCUCACUCCCGAGGCAGCCGCCGCCGCCGGGCACCUGGCAGCCAAGAUGAAAUCGGAAAACGGCGUGGCGACGGCGGCGAGAUUGUUCCAUGCAAAUCUACCUCACGAGUCCCUGCGGUGUGACGUCCUUCCCGAUCAGCCCGCGGUGUGGCAAGUCAAGAGGGGCCCGAAGCGUCUCAAGCUAUCAAAGCUGGCGGCUGGCGUCCUCCUAGACCAUUUAAAGAUUGGGCAGAAAAGCAUGUCACCGCACAAGACGAAAUCCUACUUCAUUGAGAACCGCCGAUGGGAUCCCGUGACAGCAACAACAUCCACCCUCUUUGGCAUGGCAACCGACAUGACAAAGUCCGCAGCCGACAUCGUCGUGAAGCCCAUCAAGACGUACCGACAGCAAUCCCAGCUCAAGCGGUCCGACCUCGAACCCCAGCUCACCCUACGGGCUGCUGCCUCCCCAGGUCCGCAGUCCCCUCCCGGCCUCGCGCUGCCGCAGGCCGAGCCCCUCCCGCGGCAGGCGCGGAGCACGCGCGGGUGCACCGGCCCGGGCGGGGCGGUGCUCAUGGCGGGCGUGUCGGGCGUGGGCGGCUUCUUCAGGUCCUUUGGCAAGGGGUUCUACGUCGACAUGCCCAUGGCGGCCGCGGACGGCUUCCGGUCGGUGCCGAGGCUGUACGGCGAGGCGGUACCGGAGAGGCCGCCGAUCACGGACUGGAAGUCGGGGGCGUUGGAGGGCGGGAGGAACCUCGUGGGAGGAAUCUCGGGGGGGCUGGCUGAUUUGGUGGUGCAGCCGCGCCGCGGAGCGAAGCAAGGGGGCGCGACGGGCGCGGCAGUGGGGUUCGGGAAGGGGCUUGUUGGGAUGGCGUCCAAGACGGCGUCUGCCGCAGUAGGCGUCGUGGCCUACCCGGGGCAGGGCAUCUACCAGAGCAUCAGGUCGACGAUCCGAUCCAAGACACGGCAUGACAUUGCAACCGCGAGACUGGUUGAAGGGGAGUAUCUCGCCGGAAAUGGAUCAGUGGACACGCAGUGGGUGCUGCUGAGGUUUGACCAAGUUCUGUCGGGGCGAACUGAACGAGUUGACGACGGGAAAUCCACCUAG